CAUUUCCAACUUCAACGCUCUCUCUCCUCCACUCUCUACCCAAAUAACACCAAACCUUCCCAGAUAAAUAAUUUUAUCUCCUUUUCUUUUUUAAUUACCAACCGGCGAUUAAAAUCUCGCCGGAAAAUGAAAACUCCGGCGACUACAUUUUCUGUUUCUACACGCAAUGUCCGUGCUUCCGAUCAUCCUCGCCACGUCUUCUACGAAUUUAUCCUAAGCUGAAAACGAAAAGAUUCCAUUCUUUUCUUCUAAUUCUAGGUACCGGAUUUUUGCUUAUAGAGAGAAAAAAGUUUUGUCUAUAGAUUAUAAAUUUUGAGUAUUAGAAUUGUAUUUAAUUUGAAGCAGAGUUAAAUUUGCAUGCGGUUUGUGAAAAAAAUUCGAAAUGACUGGUAGAGAUCGUCAUUGAUUAGUCACUGUGUAAGUCUAUGAGUCUGUGCAGACUAUUAGAUAUAGCUCUGAAAAUUUGGAGCCUGACUGACACGGCAUCGUUUUGACCUGUAACUAGCAGUCAAUAACUCUCUCGUUUAGUGUUGGUGUGCAUUUUCCUAUGAAGAUCCAACCGGUUAUUGAUGUUGACUUCCAGAAUCCGGUGAGAGCUGAACCGUCUAAGCCGGUUUUAAAAUCGCGUCUCAAGAGAUUAUUUGACCGUCAGUUCAGAAUUUCAUCGGAAAAACCUAAUGUUGGCGGUGGUGAAGUGGUGGUUCCACAUGGAGGAGGUACUGAGUUUGAGCCUAGCUCCGUUUGUCUCGACAAGAUGGUGCAGAAUUACAUCGAGGAGUGUAACGAGAAACCAUUUCGCAGCGGCGGUGGCAAACACCGAUGUAAUUGCUUUAACGGGAAAAACAACGACAGCUCCGAUGAUGAAUUUGACGUGUUCGGCAAUUGUUUUGGUGAGUCAAUUAACAACGGAUCAUUUGGCGACGCCUCUGAUAUUCUUAGGAGCUUAAUUCUGUGCGCUAGUGUUGCCGAACGCAACCUGUUAGCUGAUACUGCAACGAUCGUGGAGAAAAAUAAAAACUGCAAACAAAAAGACGAUUUAAGAAAAAUUGUAGCCGAUGGAUUGUCAUCUCUGAGCUAUAAUUCGUCAAUUUGUAAAUCUAAAUGGGAUAAGUCAGCUUCACACCCUGCAGGGGAAUAUGAGUAUGUAGAUGUGAUAAUUGACGGCGAGAGAAUUCUGAUCGACGUUGACUUCAGAUCGGAGUUUGAAGUGGCUCGAUCAACUGGUGCUUAUAAAGCUAUUCUACAAGCUUUACCGUACAUUUUCAUCGGAAAAUCGGAUCGGUUAGGUCAGAUUGUGUCAAUUGUAUCGGAGGCGGCUAAACAGAGUUUGAAGAAGAAAGGAAUGCAUUUUCCUCCGUGGAGAAGAGCUGAGUAUAUGCGUGCUAAAUGGCUAUCUCCUUUCACCAGAUUGAAUGACACCGUUUUGAUACCGGAAAACGUGAAAGAUGAUGAGUAUUCAGCUGGAAGCGAUGAUUGUGGCGAAUUUGAGCUGAUUUUUGGUGACAAAAUGUCGCCGGCGCCGGAGCCGCCGGUGGAUGCCAAUUCGACAUGUUCUUCGUCGUUAAAAGUCACAAUUUUGGAUGAGGAGGAUGUUGACGGGAAAGUAAAAGAUGAGAAGGUGACUUGGCAGCCGCCGGCGCUGAAACCGAAGAGUGUAGGUAGAGGAACGAAAAUGGUGACUGGAUUAGCUUCUCUGCUUAAAGAGAAACCAUAAAAAAUUUUGGACUUUUUUUUUAAUUUUCUGGGUAAAAAAAUGAAAAAAUGAAAAUAUUUUAUAUAUCCUAAAAAAAUAUUAUAAUGAGAUAAUGGUAAGACUUUAAUAGCA